UGUUGAUCGGGUGCAAUGCACCGAGUGUACACGAAAUGAAAGAGGUAAGAACUGGAAAGCCGAAUGAACCAUUCGCCGUGAAGACUCUGUUAGGUUGGACGCUGUUCGGUUCCUAUGGGGAACCCUGUAAAAGCAAUCGUGUACUCAAUCACCUCUCAGCUAAAGAGGAAUUAGAGGAUAAGUUUGAACAAUCGUAUUCAACUGAAUUCAAAGACCGACUUAGUCGUACUUCAUCGAUGUCUGUGGAGGAUCGUAUAGCAUCAUCAGAAUCUGCAUAUGGUGUCGCGGGGUAUACUCGUUCCGAAGAUGUCUCUCAUCAAGUUCAUUGUUCGUUUUUAUUAACUAAGUAUAAGGUUGUUAAGCCAAAAACUGAAGCAUCAUCUGCUAAUAAAUCCAAAUCAACUCUAAGAAAGCUUAAGGAAAAGGACAUCAAACUGAAAGUGAAGACUACGGAAAAGCCGAAGACCACUGUAACGAAGAAGCCAGUAACUAAGACCCUGAAGAAGCAGGUAGCACAUAUUCGCCGUGGUAUCGAGGAUGGUGUUGAGAAAGGCGCCCUUGUACGAGUUGUGAACAAGAGUAAGGGUGCAUCUGGUAGUUCUAUAGGAUCCAAUGCUAUUCUUAGACAGAUCAUGUGUAGUUGGAAUCAGAAUAAGACAGUAAAUGCCCUUUUAGAGAGAGGUUGUGAAUGGCGCUUUAAACUUCCGAGGUCUAGUCAACGAGACGGUGUAUGGGGACGCAUCAUAAAGUCGAUAAGAAGAAUUCUGCGAUCACUAUUGUUUCGGAAGGUAUUGAUGGAUGAGUCUUCGAGAGACUUAGUGUUAUUAAACAAUGUUGGCUCACUGAGAAGUCUAUGGUCCAAAGCUAUUGUCGAACAAGUAAGCUAUGGCUUUGACGGACGAGUUCGUACGGCAAAAUUGAGAACCUCAAACGAAGAAACUGCUCGGGACGUACGACGAUUAUGUCUACUAGAAGGAGCCAGCUGUCUGACGGCGACGACGACCCUGGACAACGGACGUGGUGCGCGUUUCGGGGGGAGUGUAAAAUGUGAUUGAUAGACGAACCCACCAAUAAUAAGGGAAACGCCCACCACCACAUCAACUCCUUUUGACCUUGUACGACUGUAUCUCUUUAUUAACCAAUCACAGUUUAAUGUUCAUUGUAAAACAAUAUUGGCUUGUUGACUCAUUUUUCCUAUUCUCUAGCUACUGUUCGGUAUGUUAUUUGUCUCUGUUUCUCUCUGUAUUAAUAGACCGUACUGUUUGUUUGUACGCUAAUGAUGUUAAUUUAUGUUUUAGAAACAGAUAAAGUUUAUAUAGCCA